UCUUAGAAAUUCAUCAGAAAAUUUGAUGAACAUUGAGGAGAAACCGAGUAACUUGGUACCCAAGGUGUGAGGAGACAAUCAUUUAUAAGGCUGUUCCCGAUUCACUCUCUCCUUUUGCUUUGUUAUUAGGGUUUUGACGCAGUUUAGAUUGUUUCGAAACUUUUGAAUGGAUUCAAAUCAUUUGGGGCCUGCUCAAGGUGGAGAAUCCGAAGUCGAUGCUGGGGAUUGGAGGUCUCAAUUGCAGCCGGAAUCUCGGCAUCGAAUUGUCGACAAGAUAAUUGAGACAUUGAAGAGGCACCUUCCUGUUUCGGGUCCUGAGGGGUUGAGUGAGGUGAGGAAAAUUGCUGUAAGGUUCGAGGAAAAGGUUCACACUGUCGCUACCAGUCAGUCAGAUUACCUAAGGAAAAUAUCUCUGAGGAUGCUUACUAUGGAAACCAAGCCUGGGACGACCCCUGCAUUACCAUCAAUGUCUGGGCCUAUGGCUUCCAAUCAACCUUAGCCACGCCUGCAAUGACUCUCCCAGAAUAUCCAAAAUAACACUGCUCCUUCUAAUGUAUUUACCAACUCUGUGAGGCCAAUAAUGUAAAUAUACUUUAUUCGCUAUUAAGGUAAACACUCUACUAUUAUUAGAACGUUUCAGUGCUUGGAAUGAGAUAUUUAUAUGAUAAUUGAAACUCUUCUGCCUC